CCCCCCCCCCCCCCCCCCCCCCCCCCCCCCCCCCCCCCCCCCCCCCCCCCCCCCCCCCCCCCCCCCCCCCCCCCCCCCCCCCCCCCCCCCCCCCCCCCCCCCCCCCCCCCCCCCCCCCCCCCCCCCCCCCCCCCCCCCCCCCCCCCCCCCCCCCCCCCCCCCCCCCCCCCCCCCCCCCCCCCCCCCCCCCCCCCCCCCCCCCCCCCCCCCCCCCCCCCCCCCCCCCCCCCCCCCCCCCCCCCCCCCCCCCCCCCUGGGCCCCCCCCCCCCCCCCCCCCCCCCCCCCCCCCCCCCCCCCCCCCCCCCCCCCCCCCCCCCCCCCCCCCCCCCCCCCCCCCCCCCCCCCCCCCCCCCCCCCCCCCCCCCCCCCCCCCCCCCCCCCCCCCCCCCCCCCCCCCCCCCCCCCCCCCCCCCCCCCCCCCCCCCCCCCCCCCCCCCCCCCCCCCCCCCCCCCCCCCCCCC